AUGACUACAAACGGUGAUUUGGAAAGCCUGGAUGCUAGCGGCAAAAUUAUUAAAAUGGAGGUCGACUAUAGUGCCACUUGUGAUGAAAAAAUACCACUAUGGAAGUCCUGGGCAUCUAGUGGCAGGGUUCAAGAGGCCAUUGAUCAAUUAUUGGCUUUGGAAAAACAAACCAGAACGGGUGCUGACAUGGCUUCCACGGCAAGGAUUUUAGUAACAAUUGUCCAAAUAUGUUACGAGGCUAAAAAUUGGUCAGCUCUCAAUGACCACAUUAUUCUGCUAUCAAAGAGAAGGUCCCAACUUAAGCAAGCAGUGGUAAAGAUGGUACAAGAGUGUUGUACUUAUGUGGAUAAGACACCAGAUAAAGAGACAAAAAUUAAGCUAAUAGAGACCUUAAGAACCAUAACCGAAGGAAAGAUUUAUGUGGAAGUAGAGAGAGCAAGGCUUACCCAUAUUUUGGCUAAAAUUCGUGAACAAGAGAACAAUGUUGCUGAAGCUGCUAAAAUCAUACAAGAACUGCAGGUUGAAACAUAUGGUUCAAUGGAUAAAAGAGAGAAAGUGGAACUUAUUCUAGAGCAAAUGAGGCUGUGCCUUGCAAUAAAGGAUUACAUCCGUACUCAAAUUAUUUCCAAAAAAAUUAACACUAAAUUCUUUGAAGAAGAAAAUACACUGGAGCUGAAAGAAAAGUUCUAUCGCUUGAUGAUAGCUGUUGACCAACAUAACGGCGCGUAUUUGUCUGUGUGCCGUCAUUUCCGGGCGUUGGGGCAAGAAGGCGGAAAUGACGCGCUAAUCGGAAGUGUGGUGUUCCUUAUUUUAGCACCAUACGACAAUGAGCAGGCUGACUUGACCCAUAGACUCAAAGAGGAUAAGGAACUUGAUAAAUUGCCUGAAUACAAACAACUGCUGGGUCUGUUCAUGAAUCCAGAGAUAAUAAGAUGGAACACCUUGUGCUCAUCAUAUGAGAAAAUGCUGAGAAUGACACCAUUCUUCAACUCUUCCGAUGAGAUGGGACAAGAGAGAUGGAAUGACCUGAAGAAUAGAGUUGUGGAACACAAUAUCCGUAUUAUGUCAAUGUACUACACGCGUAUAACAAUACAGCGAAUGAGCGAGUUGCUUGGCCUAAGUGUGACUGAGACGGAAGAGGCUCUGAGCCAAUUGGUCGUUAGCAGCGUUGUAAGAGCCAAGAUUGAUCGACCAGCGGGUGUUGUUCAUUUCAGAUUAAAUAUGGACUCCUCCGACCGACUGAAUGAGUGGUCGUCGAACUUAAAUACGUUGAUGCAACUGGUGAACAAGACAACGCAUCUCAUCAACAAGGAAGAAUGUGUUCAUAAACAUUUGUUGGCCACGGUUGAAUAA